AUGGCUUUUCCCACUCUUUAUUUCUUUUCCACUAAGACUAUCCUUUCUAUGUAUUUCUUCACUUUCUUGGUUCUACCAUCUCCCUUCAUUUUAUCCUCCUCCAAGCUACCGGGCAAUGAAACAGACAAAGUUUCACUCCUUGAAUUCAAGAAAAUGAUCAAAGAUGAUCCAUUUGGUGUCAUGACUUCUUGGAAUGAAACCAUCCAUUUAUGUGAAUGGCAUGGUGUUUUGUGUGGCCAACGCCACAUGAGAGUCAGGUCCAUAAUCCUCACUUCCUUGAAAUUGGUGGGAUCAGUGCCUUCACACAUUGGGAACUUGAGCUUUCUUAAGGCUUUGGAUCUCCGAAACAAUAGUUUUUCAGGUGACAUCCCGCAAAAUAUUGGUCAUUUGCAUAGAUUACAAAUUUUGCAUUUGAACAAUAACUCAUUUACUGGGUUUAUACCGUCAAAUAUUUCUGCAUGUAAAAACCUACAAGUUGUAGAUUUUUCAUACAACAAUCUUGAGGGCAAUAUUCCAUCCGAGCUUGGCACCCUAACUAAUCUUCGAGUCCUUUCUUUUUAUCACAACAACAUUAGUGGUAAAAUCCCUCAUUCCCUUGGAAAUCUUUCACUACUUAAUACUUUUGCAAUCUCCCAUAACAACUUAUUUGGGGAAAUACCUUAUUCUCUAUGUAUAUUAUCUGAACUACAAUACCUUUUAGUUAGCGGAAAUAAUUUGAGUGGCACUAUACCCCCUUCUCUAUUCAACCAUUCAUCCAUGUUGGCUAUUUAUAUGGGUAUGAAUUACAUAGAGGGGACUUUGCCCUCAGACAUGUUUAUCACACUUCCCCACCUUAUCUAUUUUUCUAUUCAAUGGAACAAUUUCACAGGAAAUAUUCCUAUUACAUUAUCCAAUGCAACAAAUAUAUUGUACAUCUUUGCAAGUAUUAAUAGACUAACAGGAAAAGUUCCUGACCUUGGAAAAUUGCAAAAACUACAGAGAUUUUUGGCGGAAGGUAACCAUCUUGGGGAAGGGAAUGUUUUUGACUUGAAAUUCCUUUCUUCAUUGGCCAAUGCAACCGGUUUAGAGAGGUUGGAGCUUGGUGGUAAUAAAUUUGGAGGUUUCUUGCCUAUAUCAAUCACUAACCUUUCAAGAAACCUUAUAUAUCUUUCCCUUAGGAGCAAUCAUAUUUCAGGAAACAUCCCAAGGGGGAUUUCAAAUCUCAUCAGCUUGCAGACAUUGCUAUUGUAUGACAAUAAAAUCAGCGGAGAAAUUCUACCUGAGAUUGGGUAUCUUGGUAAUCUGAGAAUUUUGUUUUUAUUUGAAAACAAAUUUUUUGGAAAAAUUCCAUCUUCUUUAGGAAAUCUAACCCUUUUAUUAUACCUUAGUUUUGGAGAAAACUACCUCCAUGAUACAAUUCCUGCAAAUCUGGGAAAAUGUCAAAACCUAGAGGUGUUAGAUCUUUCUUACAACAACCUUAGUGGUUACAUCCCAAAGGAAGUUCUUAGCCUCUCAUCUUUGUCAAUUGCUUUGGAUCUCUCUCACAAUCAGUUCAUUGGUUCCAUUCCAAAAGAGGUUGGAUAUUUGAAAAAUCUAGGCUACUUGGAUUUGUCCUAUAAUUCAUUGUCAGGCCCUAUUCCACCGGAGUUUGGUAGUUGUGUUUACUUGGAAAUGUUGAAUCUAGCAAAUAACAAUCUUGAAGGCCCAAUUCCAUCAACUUUGGCAAAUCUGAGGGGUAUGCAGUUCUUGGAACUUUCUCACAAUCAUUUCACAGGUCAAAUCCCAACAUUCUUGAAAGACUUCAAAUUUUUACAGAAUUUGAAUCUUUCAUACAAUGAGUUUGAAGGAGCCGUACCAACCACAGGAAUCUUCAACAACACAAGCUCUGUUUCAAUUGCAGCAAAUAAAAAGCUCUGUGGGGGUAUACCUGAGCUAAAACUCCCUGAAUGCAAUACAACAAAGUCCAAAAAGAAGAAUUCAGAAUGUUAUUUGAAAAUAGUAAUUCCUCUGAUUCUUGGGAUUGUUGGGCUAACUGUUGUAGUGUUUAUUCUCUGUCGUAGAUGGUUAAGAAGACAAAGAAAAGGGCCCUUUCCUAAUUUGAUAGAAAACCCAAUCUUAAGAGUGUCAUAUCAUUCCCUCUUCAAGUGCACUAAUGGGUUCUCUGCAGAAAAUUUACUAGGAGUUGGUGGUUACGGAACUGUAUAUAAGGGAUGUUUGGAUCAUGAUGGAACUGUUUUUGCAGUGAAAGUACUUGAUCUUUUACACCAUGGAGCUUCUCGAAGUUUUGUUGUGGAGUGUGAGGUGUUGAAAAACACCAGACACCGCAAUCUGGUCAAGGUGCUAACUGCUUGCUCGGGGUUUGAUCUUCAAGGAAAUGAUUUUAAGGCUAUAGUUUACGAAUACAUGGAUAAUGGGAACCUUGAGAACUGGUUGCAUUUUAGUCCCCAAGAGAAUUCCCAGAUUGAAGACAAUGGGAGGUUAAGUUUUGUUCAAAAGCUAAACAUUGUCAUUGAUGUGGCAUGCGCUUUGGAUUAUCUUCAUAAUGACUGUGAACCUGCAAUAAUUCAUUGCGAUCUUAAGCCGAGUAAUGUUCUCCUGGAUGAAAACAUGACUGCACAUGUAAGUGAUUUUGGACUGGCAAGAUUUGUACAAAAAAGGAUUGAAAGCUCUUCAUCAGACAACUAUAGUUCGAUUGGAGUACAAGGAACUAUUGGAUAUGCACCUCCGGAAUAUGGUAUGGGAAGCAGGCCAUCAAAAGCAGGUGAUGUAUAUAGCUUUGGCAUACUAAUGUUGGAAAUGCUGACUGGGAAGAGACCUACAGAUGAAUUGUUCCAAGAUGGCUUAAACCUUCAUAGCUAUGCUAAGACUGCUUUAGCAGACAGAGGAGUGGAGAUUGCAGAUCCCAAACUUCUCCAAGAAAGAGAUGAACUAUUCUCAGAGGAGAAUGACAAGUUUGAUGUGUGCUUAGUUUGCAUGAUCAAAGUUGGGGUUGCUUGUUCUGUGGAAUUCCCAGCCGAUAGAAUGAAGAUUCGCGAUGUUGUUGGUGAAUUAAAUAAAGCAAGGAAAUCCUUCUUGAAGUAAUCUGUCAGAUUAAUCUGUCUGGUAUUCUUGGAGCUAGCAAGCUUAGGAGUCUGUUUCAUAAUAUAUUUUGUCUUUUCUGUCAUUACAAUCUGUGUUUGGUGUAUUUGAAGAAUUAUUCUGGAUAUUGUUUUUAAUUCUAUUUCCCUAUUUCCUUCUCAA